GAGUAGCGAUCGCGAUCGAGAGAGCGUAUAUAUGUAGCUGCCUUUGCCCUUUGUAAAAUCAUUUCAGUAAUAUGUUCGCUAGAUUCGGGUUGUUUUUGGUUGUGUGUUCUGUGACACGGGGCUUGCUUUCCCUUGGUGUCCAAACUCCCCCGCGAUUUGAUAUAGAGGACAUUUAUUUUGAUUUAAGCGAGGUUGGGAGCAUCGAAAGGGUAAGUUCCACGCCCUGUAAGGUAACUGGAGCUUACGCUUUGGCCACAGCUCUGGAAAUUGCCAAUUUCAUUGCCUCUGGAGAGUCAACACAGUUCUCGGUGCAAGAGAUUGUCGACUGUCACUUUGGAGGGUGCAACGAGAGGAGGAUUAGCGAGUACGCUGAGUGGUUGGCAGUGAACGACAGACUUGCUCCAGUGGACAAAUAUACGAACUAUAAAUCGACGGGAUACGUUUGCCGGGCUUCCACCUCGCCUGAUGCUCUCACUAACAUAAAGGUGUUAGGCUCCAGGGCUAUUGAUGUGGCAGAGUUCGAGUCUGAGAUGACAUUGCAAGGAAGUGUGAUGGCCUGCAUGGACACCAGCCAGACGAAUUGCUGGGCCCACAGUAGGUACCAAGAGGGAAUUAUAGACGGAGAAAGUUCGGAGUUUUGUGGAGAAAAGGUGCUGAUUGUGGGUUACACAGAGACUUACUACCGGGUGAGGGGUAGUAAGGGGCCCAACUGGGGAGAGAAUGGCUACUUCAGAAUUCUGAGAGGAGGAAACAAGUGCGGAAUCGAGCAUAACAUGGUCGUGUUGGUGACAGAGCCACGGAGGAACAAGCCUGGAGUUGACCCUGUUUCCGGAUGUCCGGCGAACUUCCCCAAAUACUGCUCAGCUAUUAAAACUUGCAGAACUAAUAGCCAAUUCUGCAUGACAGCAACUAAAAGUAAAAACAGAGGGAAAAGAAGCACACCGGCUCUGGACCAAUGCACAGAUCACCCAGGUUACCCAUGUCGGGCUCUCUCGCGACAUUGCGCUCACAAGACCAUCUGGGAAAAAUGCGGUGGAACUUGUGGCAUGUGCAAAGCAGAUGGAACUCCUAAAUGUUCGGACACUGAGGAUUUCCCGGGAGAGUGUGCGAGCUACAAGCGGUACUGCAGGAUGGUACCUGCUCUGAAACUGAAAUGUCAGUUGACCUGCGAGGUACCCCCGGGCGAAUGCUCGGACAAUAAACGGACCACUCCUGGAAUAGUCAAGAUGGAUCCUCCCCCCGUAGGAACCUGUUACCCUCCGGAGAUUCAAAACGGUCGCAUCCUGAACAGACGGGUGUUUCUCAAACCGAAGGAGAAACUCCAGGUGAGAUGUAAUGCUGGUUACCACUUGCAGGGCGAGAGUGUUUACUGCGAGAUUCAAAACGUCUUCAGACCAGAUUCAAGGAGACUGCCCGUCUGUGUUAAAUUGGGAGACGAGAACUUUGUGGGGAACGGAGCAGAUUAUCAAGGAGCGAGGAAUUUCACAACGUCAGGACGGUCAUGUGAUAACUGGUUGAAGGCCGCCCACAGAGGGACAUUUAGGACCGUAGAGAGGGGACUGCUUUUACUUUCUGGAGAAAACCACAACUACUGCCGAAAUGUAGUUGGAGAACCUGCCCCCUUCUGCUUUUCGAGGUCUGGACAGAUGAUGGAGUACUGUUUCUCCCUUCCAAAAUGCGGUGGAGAUGAGAAUGACGAAUGCAGUGCUCCUAGGGUUGAUAUUUACGAUUGUAUGGAACGGUAUUCCCCCGCUGACUGCAUAUUUACGAACGAGCUUGCUAAAAAUCAGAAGAAAUGGAUCUGGGAUCAUUGUGGAGCGAUGUGUUGUUCUUAUGCCCGAUGCCAGUAACACGAUGUACAAUAGACUUAGAGACAGAUUUUAAGAAUUCAGACUUUUGUGUAAUAUCUCUGAUUGUGAAUAACAAUUGGAAUUUCCAUCAUAUUUCCUGAGUAUUGACCUUUAAGAUAUAAAACAGUUGUGGAUGAUAACACGGGGCCUAAAAAUUACAAGCCACAUGGAACAUCACCCGCUCUCAGUUGCAAUUGUAUUGGUAAUGGUAUGAGCGAUGCUUCAGGCCGUACUAUUUUUCGAUCAAUCCGAAAAUGCUGCAAUUCUAAAUUAUUCACUAUUAUGUUACUGUUAUGAGCAUGAAUGACAUUAAUAAAAUCAAGAUGUUCUAAAAAUCUGGUUGGACAGAAAAUAUUUGGGUUUAAAUUGCUAAAUACAGGGACGGGUAGCCAAUAAGUCAGUGUGCAAACGUUUUGGCUUAUUGCUCAGUCUCUGAGUGCUAGAUUGAAAUAUUUCUUUUUGAUAUGACUCACUUUGAUCGGUAAUUCGAGGAAUUCGUCAAAUAAAAUAAUGACUAUGUACAAUAUAUAAAAUAUGUUCGUUCAAGUGCAAACUAAUAUUAUUCGAG